AGGCGGGGCUGGCGAGAGCGCAGUGCGCGGUAGUUUUGACCCGCUUUGGGCGUCGUCGGCCUCCUCCGCCGUCAUGGCCGAGUACGCUUCGGUCAAGUCCACCAAGCUGGUGCUGAAGGGCACGAAGGCCAAGAGCAAGAAGAAGAGGAGCAAGGAGAAGAAGAGGAGGCGGGAGGAGGAGGAGGAGGGGCAGCUGGACUGCGUGGGAAACUGGUGGACCGUGAGAAGCUUUGGGGAAAUUUCCGGAACCAUUGCGAUCGAGAUGGACAGAGGGACCUACGUCCACGCCCUCGACAACGGCCUCUUUACGCUGGGGGCGCCACAUAGAGAAGAUGACGAGGGCCCCAGCCCCCCCGAGCAGCUCACAGCGGUCAAGCUGUCUGAUUCCAGAAUUGCCCUCAAGUCCGGCUACGGGAAGUAUCUCGGAAUAAAUUCAGAUGGCCUGGUUGUGGGGCGGUCCGACGCGAUAGGACCCCGGGAGCAGUGGGAGCCGGUCUUUCAAGACGGGAAGAUGGCUUUGCUGGCUUCAAACAGCUGCUUUAUCAGAUGCAACGAAGGAGGCGACCUGGAAGCCAGGAGCAAGACUGCAGGAGAGGAAGAGAUGAUCAAGAUUCGCUCUUGUGCGGAAAGAGAAACCAAGAAGAAAGACGACAUUCCCGAAGAAGACAAAGGAAACGUGAAGCAGUGUGAAAUCAACUAUGUAAAGAAGUUCCAGAGUUUCCAAGACCACAAACUUAAAAUAAGCCAAGAGGACAGCAGAGUUCUGAAGAAGGCCCGGAGAGAUGGGCUCCUCCAUGAGACGCUCCUGGACAGGCCCCUCCUUGUUUUAUAGGUGAAGAUGCUAAGGCCCAGCGGGGGUCCACAAUUGGCUGGGCCAGGGUCCUGACCCCAGAUCUGCUAUUUCCUGCUGGGUUGGGCUGCCUCUCAUCUCCCUGAAAGGCUGUGUUUUUGAAGGGAGAAUAUGAUGUGGAAGGGGCUGUGGUAUGGGGAAAGGAGUCUGGCCACAGGGAUCCCAUUGCUCAGGUAAACGAGGGCAGGAUCCCCAGGAGGGGUGGCCCUGCUCCCCCAAGGGUACUUGGGCUCAGCCGGGGCCAUGCUCUUGCCUUCUGGCAGAAUUCAUAUUCUUCUAGGAUGAGCUUAAUUAUUUUCUAUUUGCUCCAGACCUGAAUAAUGAGAACGGAGGGCUGAGAGCAGGUGGGCCCCUCUGGGCAUCAGCGAGUUUCCGGGCCCUCCACCCUUGGGAAGGGGAAGCUUGCCGUCCCCCGGCCAGCCCUGAGAGAGCCAGCCUGGACUCCACAGGGGCCACAGCUUCUGACCACUCCCACAUUUGUGGGCAUAACCCCUGGACAGGUUUUACUGAGUCUUGAGGACCGAGCCGGAGCCCCAGCUUGGGGGGGGCAGCAGGGCUGCAGAGCGGGCUUUGCUUAGGGAUUGCUUAGGUGCCACUUAGCAUACAUGAGCUGCUUUCCACGUUCCAGCCAGGUGGGGGAGACUUGCUUGAUACUGCCUGCGUUAUUCUGAGAAUACAUUAUUGGGAAUUUCAUGCUGCACUAAGAUGUCACCACCCCAACUGUGACAGGCCGGGAGGGUGCAGAGGGCCCUCUCAGGGCUGUAGGAUCCCAGAUGGAGCACUGGAGGGGGCCAUCCUCAGAGCCCUCCCCUGCAACCUCCUCAGGAAACUGAGGCAGCAGCGUCUGGGACCCACUGACCUUUGCCUGGUUCUGUUUGUUUAAACAGGAGAGUGAAGCUGAAAGCUGACAGAUACUGCAAAUGAGAAGGAUGGUCUCUGCAGCCAUUCUCCUUCCCAUUAUUAUCCUGAAUAAAGCCCAGCAGCUGUGAUUCUCCGUAAAGAAAAGCUGUGUCCUUUGUGUUGGUGAGAGAGAUAACCGUCCUCGGUGUCACUCAUCAGGGCUUGAUGCCGUUGGGGGGCCUGGCUGGAGGAAGCACUUCAGACCAAGAGGAGCCCUAAGACCCCCCCCGAGAAGAACCCACAGUCCUGGGUGGGAUGGGCGUCUCCAGGCACCUUCCCCGGCCUGAAGCUUGCCCUCUGUGGGAAUCGAAUCCCAGGUUCUAAGUUCGGUUGUUGGCCUGGUUGACUGAAAACUUAGAGCAGAAUUUGAUUUCAAAUGCUUAUGGGGAGAAGCUGCAUCCGAAUGCAGGCCGGGGGAGGCACAGGCCGCCAGGUGAAAGCAGGAAGACCCUUCCCCAUGCCUGCGGAGUGUCUCCAGCAAGGGGAUGCCCCCUCCUGAGGGGGCCACCACUGUGUGAGUGGCAGCUCCCGUUGGUAGGUUCCUCACUGUACGUCCCAGAGGGGGUCAGAGGUCACCAUACUUCCCUCUUUCAGGGGAGGGGAGACUGUGCUCACCCCCGAAGAAGUCCUCCGGUUCCUGGGAAAGAAAGUGGCUAGUGGGGGCAGGACCCUCAGACUGCCUUACCCGUGUUCCAGAGGAAGAGAUGGGCAUGUGCGCCCACCCUCAUCCCCCAAUAAAUGCUGCCUCUG